AGCUGGUAUAGAGUGCAACUUCGUCUCAUUGAACAAGCAAUAAAUGAUGAGCUCGAAGAUCUUGGAAUGGCUCCUAUCUAUGUAGAGAACUGGACGAAGGACGAACGAGCACUGAUCAACGUUAAGUACCUGACCAGAUGCGCACUGUCUGUACUGAACUACCGCGAAGUGAAAGCUGUUGGUCGGUCUUUGCGUUUGCAGUAUCCGGAAGAUGGAGCAGGUUGUGACUGCAAGGACGGUGUUUGCACGCCCGCAUGUCCGUGCAUCAGAGUAAGGCUUAUCUUAUUUUGA